GACCCGCCACCAGAGCCAACUUCAGUCCUUCUGGAAGGCAAUAAUUUCAAAUUAGACGCGCAAAUAUCACGUGUCCGUGGAUGCUUUGCCAAAAGUAGAACCUCGAUGGCGUAAUCAAAUAGCCACCUGGGUCCGCCGCUGCAUCAUAACCAACAUCAUACCCUCCCUUUUGCACGAUACCCCCCACUAGAGUUCAUGCUCACGAUUCGUGCUUUUCUUCAUGAACAAGUCAGCGCAUCCUCCCAAUCUCACAACGCAAGGGGCAUACCGGUCCAUGUAAGCGGAUUCGCGCGGCGCAUCCAUGGAUGGUCAUGGCAGGCGUUCCCCAUUGUGAUGGGCACGAGCGCUGUCUAUAUGACGCUUUCGAACUUGAAGCACCAUCCGGCGUUUGUGUCGAGGAUAGAGACCGUGUUUUUCUUCUGCAACAUUGUUCUGUUCUUUUUGAAUAUCUUCAUGCUUUUGUCACAAGCUAUUUUGUUCCCUCGCCAUGCGUGGACUCUUCUUCGAGAUCCAAUGCAAGGAAUAUUUGUCCCCUUGAUGGUCCUUUCCUUCGCUACUAUAGUCAUCGGUACUGUGGACUAUGACACGACGUACGGCCACGUUGGCCACGACCUCAUUUACGCUUUGUUUUGGAUAUACCUCGCUAUUUCAAUCGCAACGUGUUUUCCCAUGUUAAAAAUAUGGUUCAGCCAGGCGCAUGAUCUGGCGCAUUUCGCCCCUGCAUAUGCGUUUCUGGUGUUCCCGUUGAUGCUAACGGGAGUCGUGGCGGCUAAUACCCUGAAAGUGAUUGAUGCGUCCGAUCCCAGAGCGUUGGGCCUUCUUCUCGUAGGCUACAUCGUUCACGGUCUUGGGUUUUUCAUGGCUUUCUUCUACCUUGCUAUUUACAUUCUUCGGCUCAUGGCUAACGGAUUCAUGCACGGCGGACAAGCCAACGGUGCCUUCGUCGCAUGUGGCCCGCCUGGCUUCUCCGCACUUACGUUAAUCACUCUUGGGGAUCACGCAAGGACAAUCCUACCCGCCCAUGGAUAUGUUACGGACAUCGCUGGCGAUGUCUGGUAUUCUGCGAGCGUGUUGGCGAGUCUGCUGCUUUACGGACUAGCGCUGUUUUUCUUCAUCUUUGGCGUGAUUCCAUACCGGUUCUCCCUGCGGAGACAUAUGAACGAGAUUCUUGGCUGCUGGGCUUUGACGUUCCCAAAUGUGGGGUGGAUAAACACCACACGGUCUCUCGGCGACAUCUUUGAUAUCCAGGGGUUCUUCACGUUCCACCUCGUCAUGACGAUCCUCAUGUGUAUCACUUGGCUGCUCUUAUUCGUCUUCACGGUUAUCGCAUUCUGCAAGGGGUGGAUAUUCAAGUCGAAGAAAGAGGACGUCAUCAGGGACAUUCAGGCUGAAGAAGGGGUACCUGCGGGAAUGACGGAGGACAAGGACGGCCCCAUGAAUCCUCCUUCUACACACCAUUCUGAGAGUUCCAGUCGGACAGCUAAUAUUUGAACGCGCGAUCUUCGCAUACGGAUUCUACUUCUUGUUUGCUUUGUUGUUUUGUAUAUAGUAGAUCUAGUGGACUAGACUCCGAGGAGCCACAUUCAGUGUGGGCUGUACCUCUGCCGACUCUCCUUCUGCUGUCAUGAUGAGAAGAAGCUGCCUUCAAGCGGUUAUGAAAAAGCCGCAAUGUUGUGACGAAGCCGUUACUAGUCGUUAGUGAUCGAUAUCGAUCAUGCUGAAGAGCCAAAGAUAUCUUUAUAUAUGC